AUGACUGCGACUACUACUACCACUGCUGUGUGGGGCGAAAGACCCGCGAAAGGGAAACAAACUACUACGACCAAAGCGAAGCCAUAUAUAAAAAAGACUGCACCAAGCGCAGUUUUUGAGGGCAACAAGCCAUCGCUGAAGUUCAGCAACACGAAAAUAUUGGGAUGCAUUGCACAGUCCAUCUUCCACUUCCACUGUCGUGGUUCAGGUUACAGUGCCGCAAAUGCACGAGCCUUCGCAUCGGCGACUGCAAGCCAAGAAGACCUGGAAGCAGAGCGCCAGACUUCUUUGAAGCGAAGGCAGAAAAACGAAGACGAAGUCGCAGCUCUGCUUCAGGAGGCACAGAGCGCGCAAAGUGCAUCUCUCACGCUGCGCCUCCAGGCCACCAAGGACAAAAGCGAGAAGGACAAGGGCAAGGAGAAGAAGCUUCCGGGCUUCGUGGCCGUCAAGAAGGCCAAGCCGACGCCCGCAGCCACCAGCGAGGGUUCCGCAGAUGUUGCGGCAACCAGUUCUGAGCCAGCUGUGACCAAUGAGGGACCGGGCCUUGGACUCGGCUACAGCUCGAGCUCAGAAGAAGGAUGA